AUGAAGGCACAUGAUUUUAUUCGGUCCCAGAAAAGUGGCAUUUUGCAAGUUCGAGUGUGUGUGUGUGUGUGUGUGUGUGUGUGUGUGUGUGUGUGUGUGAACUCGAGUGCAGACACACGACAUAGGAGUCUGGGGCUGCUGGGGCAGUCGUCCCGAGGAAACUGGGGAAGGAGACAGAGGAAGGGGGUUCUGAGACAGAGGAGAAAGGAGAAAGGGGGAAAGGAGGCCUCUCUUCAGCUUUCUGUCAUGGACAGUCUCAAGAUUUUGGCUGCUUUAAGGUCCAGAAUGGAAUUCAUUUAUCUUGGUCUAGAAAGUGCCCCCAGUUACAUAUCUCCAGUUAAUCAUGUUACCACUUUGGGUGUUCCCCUUUUCCCUUCCCUCCAGCCAAAUGAUUUUUAA